GUGGUGUGAGCGGUCUGGAAUCACCAGCUCUGUUGUGUGUUGUGUUUUUAUUUUUUGUGUUGUGAAUUGGCUCGGAGCGGAAUAACGUGAACGAUUGAAGAAGGAGAAAAAUUUGUCAACAAGAUGGAUCCCGAAGCAUUCUUGGAUAUGGCCAAUCAGGUCAUAAAGCUGAAAAUGUUUCCUUACUUCGACAUUGCGCACAGUCUGCUUGCUGCCCUGGCUGUGCGAGAGGAUUUAGGUUCAAACGCACAAUCAUUCUCACGUAAACAUCCGCUUGCUUGUUGGCUCUCCACUAUGCUAGUAAUAUUCUCCGGAGGUAUGGUAGCCAAUGCCUUGCUUGGUGAGCCCAUUCUGGCCCCUCUAAAGAACACACCGCAAUUAAUGGUUGGCACAGUUGUAUGGUAUAUGGUUUUCUAUACGCCCUUUGAUAUUGGAUAUAAAAUUGGUAAAUUCCUACCAAUCAAAGUAGUGGCCAGUGCAAUGAAAGAAAUCUAUCGUGCUAAGAAAGUAUAUGAUGGUGUCUCACAUGCUGCAAAACUAUAUCCAAACGCUUGGAUUAUUAUGAUCAUCAUUGGCACCUUAAAAGGCAAUGGUGCAGGCUUCACUAAACUACUGGAGAGAUUGAUUCGUGGCGCAUGGACCCCUACAGCAAUGGAAUUCAUGCAACCUUCAUUCUAUACAAAAGCUUCAUUGUUGUCUUCAAUCAUAUUCGUGCUGGACAAAAAGACUGACUGGAUAUCAGCACCGCAUGCCCUGGUUUAUUUCGGCAUUGUCAUCUUCCUUGUGUACUUCAAACUGUCUUCUAUUCUUUUGGGUAUACAUGAUCCUUUCUUGCCAUUUGAAAAUUUGUUUUGUGCCAUUUUCUUCGGUGGAAUCUGGGAUAGCUUAGCCAAGAUAUUAGGGCGUGGUCAAGCAAAGGAAGGUGAAGCUAAGGAAAGCAAAAAGAACAACUAAGAAAGCAAGUAUCCGUGGCUUUCUUGGGAAACUAAAAGACGUUACAGAUGCUCGUAAGGAUGCGGUUUGAAAACUGCAAAAAAAAACCAAAUGCAACACAGCGACCUUUUUUCGAAAAGAUGAAAUCAACUCCAUCGAUUUUAAUCCUUGUAAUUAAUUUUACUAUUAUUAUUUUUAUUUAAAAACAUUUUAUUAGAAAUGGACACCUAAAUAUUGUAUUCUAGUCAGUUUUAGGACAUAUACAAAAAGUCAAUCUCCUUGAAAGUCACGCUGGUGAAUGAGCAGCAAGUGGGUGUGUUUGCUUACUUAUGAACGUGACUUUCGUGCAAAAGCGUGUACAAUGGUUUUAGUUUAUAGUUUAUUUAUUUCACUUCAUUACUUAUUUUUACAUUUUUGAAGUUUGGUUUAUAAUAUUCUUUGAAUUUUUUUAUUGUGUAAAUAUUGUCAGUAAUUGGUAGACACAAGACAUAUGCAUGAACUUAUGUUUAAAUACAAAACGACUUAAAAGUAGCAUAUUUUAAUUUUAUGCUAAGAUCCACUGUCUUGCCAGAUUUGAAAAGAAGACUAGAGGUGAAACAAAUACGGGAAGUAAAGAAAAAAAGAAACGCAUAUUUGAUUUUUCACAAAUAUCAUAAUGAAUCUAAAGUAA